UCACCAAAUUCUCCACGCUAAUGCAUGGAGCUGCUUCUAGUUUUUAAGUAGAUUAAUUUUGUCUUACUUUAUUUACACUUGACAGAUGCUCUGAACUAUUCUCGUAAUCCAAAUCCGCGAUUAUAAUUUCAACACAAGAAGUAGAGUGAAUUUCGUACUCAGUGCUUUGUAUCCGCAUACUGAAUAUAAAUAAAAUAUAUUUUUCUAUCAUCUACAACGUGCAGCGUUUCACUUAAUAUGGAUGAAAAUAAACUCAUGGAGCAGUGCUAUGAGAAUCUUAUUGUAAUAGAUGUUGGAGCCAAUCUCACCAACAAGAAGUACAGUCGGGAUUUGGAUUCUGUCAUACAAAGGGCCAAAGAUUCAGGGGUCCAGAAGAUUAUGGUGACAGGCACAUCUGUCAAGUGUAGUAAAGAAGCAUUAAGAUUAACAAGGAUUUAUCCGGGCACAUUGUAUUCAACUGCUGGUAUACAUCCACACGACGCUAAAUCCUAUACAGAUGAAACUUGGGAUGAACUAGUAGAAGUUGCUAAGAAUCCCGAGUGUGUAGCUAUUGGAGAAUGUGGUUUGGAUUACAAUCGAAAUUUUUCCGAGCCGGACGAGCAGAGGCGAGUUUUCGAGAAACAGAUAGAACUCGCUUGCGAAUUGAAGAAACCGCUAUUUGUGCACGAACGAGAAGCGCAUGACGAUCUACUGGAGAUCCUAGGCAAAUUCUUAGAUAAACUUCCUCCAGUGCUGAUUCAUUGCUUCACUGGGACUACAGAACAUGCUAUGAACUACUUGGACAAGGGUUUUUAUUUGGGACUGACUGGAUAUCUGUGCAAAGACAAAUCUGAUACAGGUGUCAGAAAAUUGCUGGUUGAUAAUCUGAUACCAUUGGAUCGACUUCUUGUGGAAACUGAUGCUCCAUUUAUGUACCCAAAUACAAGGGCAUCUAAAUUGCCGGUGCAUGUCAAAGAUGGUCUAACUGAAAGGUCCAUGACUUUCCUCCAUCGGUAUUGCACCUUCCAGAGGAACGAGCCUUGCAGCUUGCCAGCAAUCGUCGAGAUGAUUGCAGCCUUUAUGAAUAAGAAACCCGAAGAGGUGGCCCUUGCCACGGCCUUCAACGCGCUCAAACUCUUCGGGUUGUCGCAGUGAUACAUUUACCUACCUGUCACUACAACUCUCUACAACCUUCUUGGAAAUCUACAAAUAAGAGAAGAAACGAAAAAUAAAUAAAAAUUGCUCGGUGCUUUAGUUGUCUACACAUAAGUAUAUAUUAUUAUAUUAUUAUUUUGUUGCAAUACAGCGGAUGCUAGUGUUAUUAUUCAUGUUUAGGUGUUAUUAUUGAUUACUGUUCCAUAUUAUCAUAUUAUCUACUUGUGAUUCAGCCGUGCUUUCUGAAUGUAAACAUAUCUUUAUAUUAUAUUUUUUCGCUAAUUUAUUUUUUGAGAUGACUAUGAUUUUAUAUAAACUAUUUAUGUAUACAACUUAUAUAUGUAUUUAUGUAUUUCUUGCCAUUGUAUUCUAUAACUAUUGUGAUACGAAUAUGAAAUUUGGUGCCUUAAAACUAUUUUCUUGUUACGAAAAUUCAAUAAAAUUGGAAGGAAAAAGAUA